GAUCGGCGCUCGAAUUAUCAGACUGGGCAACGUGUCCUCCAACUCGUGCUGGCAGCUUCGCUUCAAAACAAACGGAUUUAGUUUAAUUAACUAAGUCUUUUUUAGUAGUCUGGGUUAGUUUAUCUCCUGAGUGAUUCAAAGAUGGCGGGGGACUCGGUGAGGUUGUCUAAAAACCUGCUGAGGAUGAAGUUCAUGCAGAGAGGGCUGGACGCUGAGGCGAAGAAGCAGCUGGAAGAAGACGAGAAAAGAAUCAUCAGCGACGAGCACUGGUACCUGGAUCUGCCAGACCUCAAAGCCAAAGAGAACAUGAUCAUCGAGGAGAAGAGCCUGGUUCCCUGUGAGGACCUGUUCUUUGGCCGCCUGUCCUUCAAAGGCUUUAAUCCAGAGGUGGAGAAACUGAUGCUGUUGCUGAAUCCUAAAGAUAAAAAGGAGGAGGAUGAGGAGGAGGAUGUGAGCCACAUGCAGACAGACGUCACCGAUGAAGAAAUGGCUCUGAGGUACGAGAGUUUGGUGGGAACCCUGAAGAAGAAGUUUGCAAAGAAGCGGGAGCGAGCGGCGAUGGACGAGGACGACGUCAACCAGAACGUCGUUGAGAAAACCUCGAAGAAAGCUUUCCUGAAACCUCAGGACUGAAGAGAUUCUAACUGGUGGUGGGGGGUGCGCGGCUGUGACUGGAGAGGACGCCGCCCAGUCUCGUUUUUAAUCCUCCUGACGUCUCUGCCAGACGGAACGAGCUUUAAAAAGGUACCAACAGGACCCGGUACCACCUGAGACCCUGCUGUGUUAAAGCUGCUUUGACCGCCGACAUCUUCAGGGGUUUAAAACCCGCGGAGAGAAGCAUUCAGGAUCUCUGACACAGAACCUGUAGGCCGACUGGGGAGGCUGCUGGUUCAAUUCCCACGUCACUAAAACUCUGCAGUGAAUCUCAAGAGGAACCAGUUCUGCCUGCUUGUCGUUUAACCGUUUGUCCCGUGUAGCUGUUUCAGAACCAGGCUGGUUGGACUGAGCUGACGUCAGAAGUGCUGAGUUGUUUCUGAACUUUUUUUACUUUAUAAGAGGAAAAAAAAAUGUAAAUUUUUUUGACAUCUGCUGUGAUGCUUUAGGUUAUUUUUUUUAUCUGAAUGUGUAAAGAAAAGAAUGUGACUUAGUCAUUUUAAAUAAACCUCAACAUGUCGUCUAAACGUGUAAAAUCCUUCAUCCUUAAAUAUGAGAGGAUGGUCCAGAGACUUCCCUCUAGGUUCUGUCAGAACUCACCUGAGCAGGUGCUGGUUUAUCGAAAAGGGAAAUAAAAGUACUGAUGGUGCCUUCAGUU